AAUCAAAGCUCGUUACGACAAAUCAGCGCGCUUUAUUCUACACGAGUAACGACUAACUAGAGUUCCAAAUAAUGCCCUUUGGUUUUGUUUCAGCAUGGAACAAACGGAGAAGGAGCAAGUCUCAGGAUCAGGGUGAACCCUGGAUUUACAAACCUGCAGAAUUCUGGCAACUUGAGGAGCAGAACCCACCUGCAAAAAGACGCCAAGGAUCAUCUGUUUACACCCUCAAGGAGAUGGAAGAAGCAACAAAAUCAUUCAGUGAUGAUAAUUUCAUUGGAAAAGGAGGUUUCGGACGGGUAUACAAGGGCACUCUUCGAUCACGAGAGAUUGUAGCAAUCAAGAAAAUGGAGCUUCCCCCUCUUAAAAAAGCAGAAGGCGAGCGUGAAUUUCGAGUGGAAGUUGAUAUUUUAAGCAGGCUGGACCAUCCAAAUCUGGUUUCCUUAAUCGGGUAUUGUGCCGAUGGAAAGCAGAGAUUCCUUGUAUAUGAAUACAUGCAGAAUGGCAACCUACAGGACCACUUAAACAGUGAAAACAAGAUGGAUUGGUCGAAAAGGCUUAAAGUAGCACUCGGGGCAGCAAGGGGGCUUGCUUAUCUGCAUUCAAGUUCAGCAGUUGGGAUUCCUAUUGUCCACAGAGAUCUCAAGUCCACCAAUAUUCUUUUAAGCACCAACUUUGAUGCAAAGAUAUCAGAUUUCGGACUAGCAAAGUUGAUGCCAGAGGGACAAGAGACUUAUGCAACCGCUCAUGUACUUGGCACUUUUGGCUACUUCGAUCCCGAGUAUACAUCGACAGGAAGACUGACUAUACAAAGUGAUGUAUACGCAUUCGGGGUAGUGCUUCUUGAGCUUUUGACAGGACGCUCUGCGAUUAAUCUAAACCAGGGACCAACAGAUCAAAACCUUGUAUUACAGGCCAGGAACAUGUUGAAUGACCGGAAGAAGCUGCGAAAAAUUAUAGAUCCUGAGCUGCCAAGGAACUCUUACACGAUGGAAUCAAUAGCUAUGUUUGCAAAUUUAGCAUCACGUUGCGUACGGAUUGAUAGUUCUGAAAGACCAACCAUGUCAGAGUGUGUUAGAGAACUCCAACUAAUUUUUCAUACAAAUUCCAAAGGCUUAGGCAUGGCUCUACAUACCCUCCGGAUGAUCUGAAUGGCAACAAGGAACUCUAAUAGUCGUUCAAAUCACUCAUAACAUCAGGCAAAAUUCCUUAAAACUAUAAGAUGUUGGUUGUCUUAGUCACUAGUAAUUCAUUUUGUUUAUCCCGCAAAAAAGAGGGAAAAGCUUUUGCUCUGUUCGUGUUUGUUGGUGUGGGUAUAAAAGUUUACAAGUCUUCUUUUAGUAUUUUUA